AUGACUUAUCCCAUAAUCAAAACUUGUGGCCACCGUGGCCGUGGGCGCACCAGCCCCGGGCCCCAUCUCCGUCUUCUGGAGCCCGCAGGAGCUGGGCGCGUCGCUGGCACCAUUGGAGGUGCAGCCGGGGACGUGCUGCCUGGAGGGGGCCCCGUCUCGCUGCUGGCAGGCAAGCUGCCCGGCCCCGACAACCAGGUGACCGCCACCCACCCCACGAGGACCCCGCCAGGAAGCCGGGAGAGGGAGAAGAUCGUGGCUCCUGUCGGCGUCUCCCCUGAGCCACCGCCACGGCGUGUGACCUUCACGCUCCCGGGGCUGAACGCGGCCAGAUCGGUCAUCGUGGAGACUGGAAAGGGCAAGGCACCUGCUCCGAAGCGCAUUUCAGGAGACGAAGAGGAGAACCCGCUUCCGGCCGCCCCGAGGGUCCCCAGCGCGGGUGGCUGUACCGGUUCCUGGACCAGCGGCCGCGCGGCUCCGCACCACACCCCGCGGGAAGGUUUCCGCCUUGCGGGGGCUGCAGGGACGCUGCGGUGAGGGCCACAGGCGGCCUGGCGGCUGGGAUCUGUGGCGCCGGGCUCCACUCUGCCCCGCCCUGGGCUUCAUUUCGCAGAGGCCUCGGGGUGCUGCUGGAGGCCCGGGGGCCCCGCCGGGGCGCGGGCACCGGCUGGGAUUAAAGGAGGCUUGCACCAAGGCCUCUCUGUCCCUCGGUCUUUGACGCGCGGGGGGCGUUUAAGUGUCUGAUCGCGGCCCUGUCCCAGCCCGGACGGGGCGCAUGGCCGGCCCUCCCCUGGGGUACGGGCAUCCCCGGGUGUGCCCCCGCCACCUGCAGUAUCGGCGCGACCCCUUCGUCCCCGUGCCGCAGGCUCCGAGCCUCGGUGGCCCCUGCGUCUGGGCUCUGGCGAACUGGGGCGCUGCGCUCGGCCGUCCCCU